GUUCGCUCUAAGUGCUGCUGGGAAAACAUGGCCGCGUUCAUAACAGUCGCAUAAACCGCUUCGGUGUAGUGUUUUGGGGUCAGAUAAACAAGAUUUAAUGUUCAAAUAAGCUUGAAUGUAAAGUGAACACGAUGCCCCAGUACUACGAAGAUAAAGAUGAAGAUGCUCGCGCUUGUGCCGGAAUCAGAGAGGAUUUUAAGGCCUGUCUCCUUCAGCAUGACUGCGUUGUAAAGGAAGGCAAAAAGCCCAGUGAGUGUCUGAAGGAGGGACACUGUAAAGCCCUGCAAGUUUCUUUCUUCGAAUGUAAAAGAUCCAUGCUGGACACAAGAUCUCGGUUCAGAGGCAGAAAAGGCUACUAACUGGACCAUGACGUUUUGUGCAUGUCAGAAGGAGCAGGAGAUGAGAUCUCAGCUGUUGAGAAUAUUGUAAUUUCACUGUAAAUAAUUGAUUCAUUAGAGAUUUUUUGUAAACUCAGAAAUCAGCAUUGCUACUGACUAGUGAAUAGUGCUGUUGACCACUAUUGAGCAACAAGUUA